GUUCCACAUAAAGUAUACCACAUACUAUCCGUCUUAUACAAACUUAUCUUCUGUUCUUUACAGUCUCAUCAUCUUCAUACCUUCUUAAUUUCUCUAUCCAUCUGAAAGACAAAAACACUCAUUCCCUUUUCUCUGAUAACUCAUUUUGAUAUUUUCAUCAUAUUUUCUACACUGUUUCUUGAUAUAUACAAGCUUCUACUAACCCUUUUUAUAAAUAUCAUAUGUUUUUUCAUAAUGGCUUUGGAAGAGAUCCUUGUUAACGGUGCGAAUGAAAUCCUGAAUAAAUUGCUCCCUGUUAUUGGUCAACAAAUUGGCCAUGCGUGGGGUGUUAAAGACGACUUAAGGAAGCUUGGGAAAACCUUGGAGUUGAUUCAAGCUUUAAUUUCCGAUGCUGAGGAGAAACAAAUAACUGAUGCUACUGUCCGUCUUUGGUUGAAAAGGCUCAAAGACGUUGUUUAUGAUGCAGAUGAUGUUAUGGAUGAAUUCUGUUAUGAAACCAUGCGUCGUUUUGAAAGAGGAAGUAAGCUCAAGCACAAAGUACGCGACUUUAUGAGUAAAUCCUCCAAUCCACUUGUGUUUCUCUUUAAGAUGGCUGGUAAAAUCCGAGCCAUAAAUAAAAGUUUAGAUGAAAUUAACAAUUAUCGAGUCAGAUAUACGUUGAAUGCCACCGCUGGUACCUCUGAAGCCGAUCAAAUCAGAAUGCAACGUGACCGGUUAACUGCAUCAGUUGUAGAUGAUUCUGUACUACUAGGAAGGGAGGAUGCAACAUCAGAGAUCGUCAAGAUGCUGACGAGCAGAUCGCUGCUUCCAUUAUCAUCAUCAUCAACAUCAGCACACUGUUCUUCUCUUAAAGAGCAGCUUUCUGUCGUGUCCAUUGUGGGGAUGGGGGGUCUGGGUAAGACUUCAUUAGCGCAGUUGGUAUACAAAGACGAGUCAAUUAAAACACACUUUGACAAAAAAGUGUGGCUCUGCGUAUCUAACCAGUUUGAUGUCUACAGAAUCUUAAAAGAAAUAUUAGAGUCACUUACCGAUGGCUCAUGUAGGGCUCCAUCGAAUGUGGAUGUGCUGGCGAGACAAGUUAAGGAAAAUCUAGCUGGUAAGAAAUACCUAUUAGUACUGGAUGAUCUAUGGAACCAGGACUCCGAAGAUUGGGAAAAACUACAUGGAGUCCUUGUCAAUGGUGUCGAAGGCAGCAAGAUAUUAGUCACCACACGAAGCCAACAGGUUGCAUUUGUUGUUGGAGGUAAGGUCCACAAUUUACAAAAAUUAACAGAUGGUGAUUGUUGGUCUAUUAUGCAGAAAAGAAUUUCACUUCCAAUUCCUCCAAAUAUGAUAAAUAUUGGGCGGGACAUAGCGAAGAAAUGCGAUGGCUUACCACUUGCGGCGAACUUUCUUGGAAGUUUAUUACACUCGAAAAGAGAAGAAAGGGAUUGGGUUUCAAUCAAUGACGACAAGGAUUUGUGGCUUCAACCAGAAACCACAAGACUCAUCUCAAUCUUAAAACUGAGCUAUGAUAAUUUAGUUUCUCCUUUGAAACAGUGUUUCUCAUACUGCUGUUUAUUUCCCAAAGACUGGCAAAUCGAAAGAGAGACAUUGAUUCGUAUGUGGGUGGCAGAAGGAUUCAUUCAGUCCAAUGGGGUAAACAAUAUAUCCUUUGAAGAUAUAGGAAAUGAUUAUUUUGAGCUUUUGUUGUCGAAAUCGUUUUUUCAAGAUAGAGUGAAGGAUGAACUAGGUGUUAUUCUGAGUUGUAAGCUGCAUGAUAUUGUCCAUGAUCUUGCAACAAGUGUUAUUGAUCGUGAGGAAUAUGGAAUUCUGCAAUUACAAGACGGGACUGGAGAUGCUUCAAAAAUUCGUCGUUUGAAACUGGUAUUUGGUGAAGGGUCAUCAUUUACAAUUACUGAACGGUUGUCCAAGGCGAAGAAAUUGAGAACAGUUGUAGCUCUUGCUCCAAGAAAUUGUUCACAAAUUAAUAGUUUCUUAUCUAAGAAGCGUUUGCGCAUAUUAUGUCCACUUGGUGAUGAUUGGGGUUCACAGAUAUGCACUUCGAUUCCUAUUCUUAAGCAUCUUAGGUACCUAGACAUGUCAGGCUGUAAAAUUGAUCCAUCGCAUGAUGUGUCUCUGAAUCCUUCUUAUAAUUUGCUGACAUUGGUACUUCGUGGGUGCGAAAAUACUUCCGUGCUUCUUCAUAAUAUUAAGUCUUUGAAAUGUUUGAGGCAUCUCGAUCUCAGUCACUCAGAUAUUAAUCUUCUACCAGAUUCCAUCGUUGGCCUCACUAACUUGCAAACGUUGAAUCUUCGCCGUUGUUCUAAGUUUAAAGAGUUACCUGAAAAGAUUGGGUUGUUAAUACAUCUAAGUUUCCUUGAUCUUUCAUUUACAGUAAUUAAAAAAUUACCUGAUUCCAUUACUUGCCUCGGAAAAUUAAGGAUUCUGGAGUUUUAUUGUGGUUAUUAUCUGGAGGCACUACCAUCAGAUUUUGGAGUAUUGACACAAUUACGGCGCCUUGAUCUGGAAUCUGCAAAUAUCAAAGAGUUGCCGGAAUCAUGCACAAGAACCCGCUGCAAUUUGGAGAUAGUGAAGCUUGGAGGUAAUUGCAAACUUCCGAGAGACGUACAUCAUUGGGAAAACUUAAGACAUUUUACACAUCGCAGAAUGCAUGAUUUAAUGCCUAGAGGUAUAGAAAAGUUAAUUUACCUCGAAACAUUGGAGUCAUACAUGGUGAGGAAUGAAGAAGCAUCUCAGGCAUGCAGCGGAAGUAUCAGUCAUCAUCACAGUGGGAUAGAAGAGUUAGCAUCUCUCAACUCCCUUCAGGAGUUGCAUAUACAAAGGUUAGAGAAUGUGAGAGGAGGAAUAGAAGAUGCAGAGAGAGCAAAACUAAAGGAUAAGACAAAUUUGAGAGAGUUAUAUCUAAGUUGGAGAUUAUCCAAUGAUGAUGAUGAUGAGGAUACUGAAGAAGGUGAUGAUGUUGAAGAUGAUGAUAUGGUAAUAGAGGGUCUUCAACCUCACUCAAAUUUGAAAUGUCUGCAAAUAGAUGGAUACUCUGGUUUCAAGCUUCCGAAAUGGAUGGGUUCAACUUCUAUAUGCCUGGUCCCAAACUUGGUUUCAGUAGUUUUAAAGAAUUGUAACAGAUGUGAGAAGCUUCCGCCUCUAGGUAUGCUCCCAUGUCUUAGGCAUCUUGAUAUUGAUAGAAUGAAGUCAGUCAAGUGUUUGGGUAGAGAAUUUUAUUAUCAGCAGCAACAAGAAGAAGAACAAAGUAGCAGCAGCCAUGAUUCUACAAGUACAACAUCAUCAUUAUUCCCUUCGUUGGUUCGUUUGAGAAUCAUGGAUAUGAAAAAUCUAGAAGAGUGGGUUUCUCCUCCUUCAUCUUCGUUCCCUCUCCUUGAGGACCUAUAUAUGAAAGAUAGCCCAAAAUUGAGAAGCGCACCAAACUCGUUUCCUUCUCUCAAGGUAUUGGGUUUAUACAACACCAACGGCAAUGCAGUAAACUCGAUCUUAUCCGCCAGCAGAGUAGCAAGUCUGGCCUCUCUGACAUACAUUGAUAUAUAUGAAUCUCCAGAGCUGAUAUUUUUCCCACUCGGCGCGCUAUUCCAAAGAAAUACUCCGAAUCUUCAGUCUCUACUAAUAAGAGAUUGCUCUGAGUUACAAGGUUUUCGUGAUGAGGAUGAUGAUGGUCUAAACAACAACGGCAACAUUUCUCUCCACAAGUUGGAAAUUGUGAAGUGCCCGGCUUUAACAUCUGUACCGGAUUUACGAUUAUGGACUUCUCUCCGGGAAUUGGAGAUAAACAUGUGCGACAAAUUGAAGGAGUCUAUACCGUACGAUCUCAAGACAUCACUUCCCUUUCUUAAAUCACUCAAGGUUGAUUUUAUUCAGAGAGAGGACAAACGGCUAGGAGACCCGCGUAAUGUCGGCUUAAUCAAUUUGAUGGAGAAGUGAUGUACGUAGAUAUGUUUGCUGCAACUCAUCCAUCUCUUCCUGUUACUACCAACGGGUCUUAUUAGAAUUCAUCAUGAUAAAAUUGUGAUAGAUUUAGAUUACAUUGCUCUGUUUAAGUGCAUCAUUCUGUUAAGCUGUCACUAUUUCUUGCCUGAGAAUCUUCCUACGCUAGGGAUCUCUCUUUCUUUGCUUAGUUGUUCCUUCGCUAGAUGAUUAGACGAGUUGCCUUCUUCGUUUGAUGUCUUCA